AGGAGAUUAGAGGGGGGCUGGGGAGAGGGGUUUGGGGGAGGUGAGAGGGGGGCUGGGGGAGAGGAGAUGAGGGAGGGGAUCAUGGCAGAUGGGGGGGGGGCGGGGGCUGAGGCAGGCGAGAACGAGCGGCCCCGCGGGGAGCGGCAGCCAGGUCCCUGCCCGGGGCGCUCCCGGAACUGAAGGGCCGCGGCCUGAGUUUCCCGCCGGCCGGGUACAAAGCGAGCCCCGGGCCACCCCCCCCUCCCUUCCCCCGCGCAUGUCUCCUUUCCCUCGGCGGCGCCAUUGCGGCUCCUGGUCCCGAGCCCUGCGAGCCCGCCGAGCUUCCGCCCCGGCCGCCAUCACCCCGGACCAUGGCCACCGACUCCUGGGCUCUGGCGGUGGACGAGCAGGAAGCGGCCGCCGAGUCGUUGAGUAACUUGCACCUGAAGGAGGAGAAAACUAAGCCAGACUCCAAUGGUGCUGUUGUCAAGACGGAGAACAAUGCAGAGAAGACAGAAGAUGAGGAAAAAGAGGACAGAGCUGCCCAAUCCUUAUUAAACAAGCUGAUUCGCAGUAAUCUGGUGGACACAACAAACCAAGUGGAGGUGCUGCAGAGGGAUCCUACAUCACCUCUCUACUCUGUGAAGUCUUUUGAGGAGCUGAGACUGAAACCGCAGCUCCUGCAGGGUGUCUAUGCCAUGGGCUUCAACCGACCAUCGAAAAUACAGGAGAAUGCUCUGCCCAUGAUGCUUGCUGAACCCCCACAGAACCUGAUUGCACAGUCUCAGUCUGGUACUGGUAAGACAGCUGCCUUCGUCUUGGCCAUGCUCAGUCGAGUUGAACCCGGGAACAAGUAUCCACAGUGUUUGUGCCUUUCCCCAACAUAUGAGCUGGCACUUCAAACAGGAAAAGUAAUUGAACAGAUGGGAAAGUUUCAUCCGGAGCUAAGACUUGCAUAUGCUGUCCGAGGCAAUAAAUUGGAGAGAGGUCAGAAGAUCUCUGAGCAGAUUGUAAUUGGCACUCCUGGUACUGUCCUGGACUGGUGCUCCAAACUGAAAUUCAUAGACCCCAAGAAGAUUAAAGUGUUUGUCCUGGAUGAGGCUGAUGUAAUGAUAGCAACCCAGGGCCAUCAAGAUCAGAGCAUCCGCAUUCAGAGAAUGCUCCCCAGAGAUUGUCAGAUGCUCCUAUUUUCUGCCACAUUUGAAGAUUCUGUAUGGAAAUUUGCCCAAAAAGUUGUUCCUGACCCCAACAUCAUCAAACUGAAGCGAGAGGAGGAGACACUGGACACCAUUAAGCAAUACUAUGUUCUAUGUAAUAAUCGAGAUGAGAAGUUCCAUGCUCUAUGUAAUAUAUAUGGAGCCAUCACCAUCGCCCAGGCCAUGAUCUUCUGUCAUACUCGUAAAACAGCGGGCUGGCUGGCAGGAGAGCUGUCAAAAGAAGGUCACCAGGUGGCACUGCUAAGUGGCGAGAUGAUGGUGGAACAAAGAGCUGCGGUGAUCGAGCGUUUCAGAGAGGGCAAAGAGAAAGUGCUGGUGACCACAAAUGUCUGUGCCAGAGGGAUUGAUGUAGAGCAGGUCUCUGUUGUUAUCAACUUUGACCUUCCUGUGGAUAAAGAUGGCAACCCAGAUAAUGAGACUUACCUGCAUCGGAUUGGGCGUACAGGUCGUUUUGGCAAGCGAGGACUGGCUGUUAACAUGGUAGACAGCAAGCACAGCAUGAAUAUCCUGACCAGAAUUCAGGAACAUUUCAACAAAAAGAUAGAAAAACUGGAUACUGACGACUUGGAUGAAAUUGAGAAAAUAGCCAACUGAAACGCAGCUGCUGGAACUGAUGUACGCCCUCCUGUGGUAGCUCUCCCACUACAAUUGGCUCAGCGUUCAGAUUGGCACACCUUUUGGCCAGUCAUGAAAAGGACUCUUAAGAUAUACAGAAAUUACCUCACUUUAAAAAUUGCAGUUGGACUUAAAAUUGUCGCUCUGCGGAAGAAGAGGAAAUGUUUACAGAAGCUUUUAACAUUUCUUAGUUUAGCCUUAAAAUGGAAAUGUUUUAAAUUCUAAGAAAUAGAUUUGCCAAAAAGUGGCCGAUACGUAAAUAUCUAAAAAGAAUAAACAAAUGCUUUAUUUGGUUAAUUGGAAUAUUAUUUUUUAACAUAUUUGAUCAGUAAAACAAAACUCAACAGCCAAGUAUAUGGACAUUGACUUUAAAGAACAAGGCAGAUGGUUUUGGCCAAAAACUAAACUUACAUGAAAUAGAACUUCUUUUUCUGGUGCUGCCUUGUGCUCUAAAGGUUCAUUUCUGGCUUCCUGAUGGAUUUGCCCUGCUUUUCCUUAAGUAGAUUGUCCAGAAGAUCUCUCCACUAGCUCAUAUUCUCAGAUAGUGGUGCAGUGUUGCUUUUGCUGGGCAGUAUUUUGGUUUUAGUUUGUUUUUAGAAUGGCCACUAUUCAUAAAGCAGUGCAGUGGUUGAAAGUGUUUGUUUAACUACUGUAGAAGUCAUAUGAUGCAUUUAACCUUGCCAAACCAAAUCUUGGUUCAUGUGGGUGGGAGGGAUCAGCAGUAUAAAGAGGACUGUACUAAUCAAUAUCCCAAAUAAAUUCACUCCUACAAAUGGUAGUGUCUCUUGAUAGGGGAGUGGGGGUUAUAGUUACCUUUACACAGGUGGUGCCAGUUUUAAAAUGCUGCUGUUGUCUGGGCAGUUCCACAUGAAGUCUCAUACGGAGCUGUUGGACUCUACCAGUCAAUAAUGGAAACAGGAAUAUUUGUCUGGUAAAAAAAAAAAAAAAUUCUAAUAGCUUGUAUUGACCAAAAAUACCCUUAAAUAGAACACCAAAUUUGCCUGUUACAGUAUGUUUCAGUACCACAGUCUUGAGUUAAAUUGCUCAGCCAAAAUACUGAUGGGAAGCACUCCACUUUCAUUGUGCUUGUAUCACAAAGCAGACAGGUCAUCAGUCCCUACACACCUUGCCCCAAAGGUGACCCUUGCCAGUGAAGGUUUUAUUUAGAACUUCUAAGUUUGGGCUUUUAGUUGAGUUGGGACCACUUACCGUGCACAAAUGGAAGUUUGUGGGUUUUUGUACCCCCCCCCCCCCCCGAUUCCAGGAGAAGUAGGCUCCUAAACGUUAACUUUGUGGUGCACAGUUCUUUUGGGAAAAGUGGACAUGUGUGAGCAGCCAUCGGACUGCUACUCAGUGCAGGAAUCACUUCAAAACAAAUGUAUAAAUUGUAAAUUGAACUAUAAAUUUUCUUUGCAAUUUUGGCCAUCAUAUUCUGUUCAAAGACAGGAAUGUUGAUCCUUUUACCAAGUAAAAAAAAAAGGCUCAUUUAAAAUGUACCUAAAAUUUUAGGAAAUUGUGCACCCUUUUAUCAAUUUGUAUAGUCUUUAGUGAAAAAACUGUUAAAAUUAAACUUUUUGUAUUCUGGGGUGUAUCUAUUUUUAUUCUGUUGAAAACCUAUUUAAAGUGGCAGGUGAGUGAGUGCUUGUGUGUAGAGUGGAAGACUUGUUUCAAUCACCUACUUUAAUAGUACAGCUGAAUGACCUUGUGACAGCAGUGCAUUGGAUUGAAUUGUCAUGAACGCUGCUGCUGGUCCUGUGUGCUGUUUCUAAUGUACUUUUAAUUGGAAUAAAGAACACGUACUGAA